CGUCGCUCCUCUGUACCUGAAUGAGGCGGUUGAUCGGUCCUCGUGGCCUGCAAUGCUCCACACACAGCCAGCCUGAAGCGAGUUUAGUUUUUUUUCUCGCCGAGACAGCCAAGAAAUUUAAAGUGCUAACAAACACUGGAUCUGCCGUCCGAAGGGAGCUGGGAGUCACAGACAGGCCAGCCAGCCGCCAGGCGGCGAGAAACACCGCCAUUGGUCGCUGCAACGGCUCCUCUCCUUCUCUUUGUCUGUGUCAGGUGGCGGACCAGCCGCAGCGAUGUGGUGGCGGUCUGCUGCUGCUCGGCUGCUGGCUGACAGAGGCGGCGGCGUGGGCGACAGGGCGAGCAGUCGGCAAGCACAGCACGUAGCACAGCGGCAGGCCACGUAAGAUGCGCGGAGGAUCGGUGUUGACGUCGUCGACGCCCUUCUCGCAAUCGCCACACUCCACAAGAGGACUGCUAGCUGCUGGACGAUCCCUGUCGUCUUUCUCUCUGGCCCGAAACGCUGAAAUCGGCGCUGCACGGUGCUGCGGACGGUGCUUGUGACGAUGGGGUGGUCGUCGGCCAUCGAGGAGGUGGCCAUUCAUGUUCUCCAGAUGGUGCAUAUCACAGCCGUGAUCAUGGGCAUCCCGUGAGGUCUCAACACUCUCGCUCUCGACGGUAUGCUCCAGACUGGUCAGUAUACUAACAGACACUGACACUGGCUGGGUGGCUGCUCCCCUCCCCUCCAUGCCAUGGGUGGAUUGGCUGGUGCUGUCUGUCGUUGGUGCGGUGCAGGUACAUGUACUUUCCCUUUCUGUCGACGGCAGUCCAGGACGGAUGCCUUGCGAGGCUGCACGCACAGCACAACACGACGGGGCUGCAUUUGUUCCUCAUCUGUUCGUGUGUGUAUGUGUGGUGUGUCAUGACUUCAGGUUUGCUUAGUCGGCGGUCGAUGAGGCGCCCCGGCGGAUUGAGGUAGACCGCCACGGGCAACUAGAGGGAUUUGGGCCUUUGGGCCUUCCGUGUCAUUGAGGCUCGGUGUCAUGACUGUAGGUGUGUUGCCGUCCAAGGGGCUCGUGGCGCCCUCACGGACGAUGGGGUGGUCAUCGGCCAUCGGGGAGGUGGCCAUUCAUGUUCUGCAGAUUGUGGGGGUCACCGACAGCCGUGAUGAUGUGACGGUGGUAGGCUGCAGGCACACGCACAGCAUGACGGGGGUGCAUUUGUCUAUCAUCUGUUUGUGUGUGUAUGUGUGUGGUGCGUCCUGACUGUUGGUUUGCUUAGUCCGCGGCCGAUGAGACGCCCCGGCGGAGGGAAACCGUGAGGUAGGUUGCAUUGAGGCACUAUGGGCAAGGAAGGGUACAUUUGACGCUCCCGUGUCAUGACAAUUGUCAUGACUGUAGGUGUGUUGCCGUCCAAGGGUGUGCCUGCAGUGGGGUGCGUCAGUCGCGGCGGCCGUUCUCAGCCCCCCCGAGCAGCCCCAACGUUCGUCGGCCCGGGAUGCGGUGCAUUCGGUGCACGCACAGCUCAUUCCAUCCCCCCCGCCCAUCCGUCCGUCCGUCCACCCAUCGGUCCAUCCGUUCAUUCGUCCAAGCAUGAAGCCAUUAGCAGCCGUCCAUUCAUUUCAUCGGCAGCGGCUGCCGGAUUGUGGCCCUCGAGGAGCCGCGGAUGAUCCGUGCCAGCGGUUCGCUGGGGGUGCACGUGCAGGUGCGCAGCUCUUCGGCCGCCGGCGCGUCUUCGCAUUGUGGAUACAUCGCCAUUAUGUACGUCGUGCAGAUGUUGUCGGCCGUCAGGGGGGGGUGA